ACGGUGUCGUGUCUAUUUCGCUUGCUUUGCCGCCUGGCCAGCUUUGAGUCACUGUGUAAAACGACAUCGUUUUCCUUCGGUCGUUUUGGUGAUCCUUGAUAUAGUGGCUGCAGACAGAGGUGGAGUCUGUUGCUUAAUGUUGACCUAAAUUUGAAGAGAUCAAUGGGGACGGUUGAACUGGAAAGCGAAGCUCCUGCUAUCAAGAAACUGGGCUCCCUCUUCAAGCUCACUGAAGUACACUUAUGGGAUGAUGGUUCAAAGGAAACGCUUGAAGUGUCGCGCUUCGCUGAACGCAAUAAACUACCAGAUGACGGUGAUUGUGUAACUUCAGACAUCGUUUUUCCAGAUAUUGAUUGUCCUGAGGAUAUGGAAUUGAUAAGAGAGAUGGAUGAGUUGGGGCUUCCUCGUUCAUUUAACACUAACAAGGAGAGAAGGAAUGGAAUUCGUCAUGGAAAAAGGAAAGGCACGCGCUGGAAGCGGUAUCAUAAUCACAAAGAAACACAUGAUAGACAAAAGGAAUGCCCCAGAGUGAGUGAGGUGGGGAUUGUAUCUCCUUCCGUUUUUCAUGAUAAGAGCAAUUCUUUUUGUUGCAUGUCAAUGCUGGGCCAAGGUGAAUACUCUCGCUAUAAUGUUGCAGUGGAUAUCAAUGAAUUGCAAUGCUGUACUCAGGAAGGAGAAGAUUCAGCUGAGGCGGCUACGAUUGCUUGCAGUAUUGUGAAGGAACAAAUCCCAUAUGGAAUUUCUGAUGAUUUGUCCAAUGAUGGGGCCGAGCUUUCUUGCAACCAUGUUACAGAAGAACUUGACAGAAGUUCAGUCGAUUCUGAAUGCGUAAAAGGCUCCUUGAUAGAUUGCCAUAAUGAAGGGGGAAAAGUUUGCACUGAAAACAGUGCUGAGAUGUCAACAUUUCAUGAAACAGUUUUACAUGGUGGGAGUUCUGAACUUUCUGGUUAUGAUGACACUUGCAGCUAUAACUGCUACGAGGGAUGUGGAGAUUGGAAGGUAUUUUGGGAUUCUUUCUACUUGAGAAACUACUUCUACAAUGUUCAAACACAAGAAUCUACAUGGUACCUACCCCCAGGGAUGGAACAUCUUGCAGCCAGAGAGAUUAUUGAUAAGUCAAAUGGAACAAUUGCAAAGGUUACCCAAAUGGAUGUCAGUGAAAAUUCGUGUGCUACAAUUUCUUGUCUCAAUGAAAACUCUGCAGAAGUUUGUAAUUUGUAUGCUAAGCCCAAGUCGGCUGAGGUAUUUGUAGAUGAUGACAUACAAGUGGAGCAGCCACACGAGCUUUCAGAAAAAAUUGGACUUGACACUAACAACUCUGUCCCUGAAGGGAGUAUGCCUAUUUUAAGCAGUCACUUGGAGCUGCCAGAUGAACUUAAUGGGAUCAAUAUAAAUCAAACUGAUGAAGCUUUCUUAAGCAUAGUGUCAGAUGACCUGGAGCAUAUUGACUGCUUGUCCCAUACAUCGUAUGAGGCUAUUUCUGAGGUCAAUGGUCAUGCGGAAGAUCAGUUGGUUGCAAAUUGCGACUCUCCUAUGAUGGAAGGGAAAAAGAAGACAAGAAGAUCACGAGUACGAAGUAAAUUAUCUAACAUCAGGAAAGAGCUUCAGCUGGAAGGGAUUCUUGAGGAAUAUCCAGCCAGUAUUGGCAAAUACUGGGCCCAGAGAUACCUUUUAUUCUCCAGAUUUGAUGAUGGUAUAAGAAUGGAUGAGGAAGGAUGGUUUUCUGUCACUCCUGAGCCGAUAGCGCAGCAUCAUGCUUCCCGUUGUAGGGGUGGCAUCAUAAUUGACUCUUUUACAGGUGUUGGUGGAAAUGCAAUUCAAUUUGCACAGAGGAGAAAGCAUGUUAUUGCUGUUGAUAUUGAUCCAAAGAAGAUUGAUUAUGCAUGUCACAAUGCUGCCAUAUAUGGAGUUCGUGAUCGUAUAGAUUUCUUGAAGGAGACUUCUUCCUGUUGGCUUGUAGUUAAAGGCUGACACAAUCUUCUUGUCACCUCCUUGGGGAGGACCUGAUUAUGCUAAAGUAAAGACAUAUGACAUCAAGACAAUGCUUAAGCCACAUGAUGGAUAUCAUCUAUUCAAUGCUUCUAAGAAUGUUGCUUCCAGGAUUGUCAUGUUUCUCCCAAGAAAUGUUGACCUCAACCAAUUAGCAGAACUGUCUCUAUCUGCUUCUCCUCCAUGGUCAUUAGAGAUACUUUUGUUGGCUUUGUUUAAUGAACUGUCACGCCUGCUCAACUCUCCAAGAGAAAUUGUUUUCUCUUUCAAAUUGUACUUUGUAAUGUCACUUGGAGGUGCUUUAUGCAUGUUAUUGUGCUCUAGAGUGAAACAGUUGGGCUAAGAAUUCAUUUGGAUGCUUAUGGAUGUACUAUAACACUAUAAGUUUAUGUAGUAUCCUGCCUUACAAUUGUACUCAUAAUGUUGGUGACUCA